AUGGGGAUUCAAGGAUUGCUGCAGUUUAUCAAAGACGCCUCCGAGCCGGUCCAUGUGAGGAAGUACAAGGGGCAGGCGGUGGCCGUGGAUACGUACUGUUGGCUUCACAAAGGCGCCAUUGCCUGUGCUGAAAAGCUAGCCAAAGGGGAGCCGACCGAUAAGUAUGUAGGAUUUUGCAUGAAAUUUGUAAAUAUGUUGCUGUCUCACGGGAUCAAGCCUGUUCUUGUGUUUGAUGGAUGUACUCUGCCUUCUAAAAAGGAAGUGGAGAAGUCCAGACGAGAACGACGACAGGCCAACCUCCUUAAGGGAAAGCAGCUUCUUCGCGAGGGGAAGGUCUCGGAGGCCAGAGACUGUUUCACCCGCUGCGUCAACAUCACGCACGCCAUGGCCCACAAAGUCAUUAAAGCGGCUCGGGCCCAGGGAGUGGACUGCCUUGUGGCGCCGUACGAAGCAGACGCGCAGCUGGCCUAUCUGAACAAAGCCGGCAUUGUGCAGGCCAUCGUCACGGAGGACUCGGAUCUCCUGGCUUUCGGCUGUAAAAAGGUGAUUUUAAAAAUGGACCAGUUCGGAAACGGGCUAGAAAUUGACCAGGCUCGGCUGGGCAUGUGCCGACAGCUCGGGGAUGUGUUCACGGAGGAGAAGUUUCGGUACAUGUGCAUUCUCUCCGGCUGUGACUACCUCUCCUCGCUGCGCGGGAUCGGAUUAGCAAAGGCCUGCAAAGUGCUGAGGCUAGCCAAUAACCCCGAUAUUGUGAAGGUUAUUAAGAAAAUUGGGCAUUACCUCAAGAUGAAUAUCACAGUGCCAGAAGACUACAUCAAAGGCUUCAUUCGGGCCAACAACACCUUCCUGUACCAGCUCGUGUUUGAUCCCGUCCGAAGGAAGCUGGUCCCUCUGAAUGACUACGGAGACGACGUUGACCCCGCGGCCCUGAGCUACGCUGGGCGGUAUAUUGAUGACUCCAUAGCUCUUCAGAUAGCACUUGGAAAUAAAGAUAUAAAUACUUUUGAACAGAUUGAUGACUACAGUCCAGACGCUGCCACACCUGCCCUGUCAAGAAGUCGUAGUUGGGAUGACAAAACAUCUCAAAAACCAUCUAGUGUUGAUAGCAUUUGGCACAGGAAUUACCGCCCUAGGCUUGAGCGGGACGCGGUUCCGGGCGCUACGAGACUGAAGGAGAAUCCAAGCACUGCAGGCAGGGAGCGGGUGAUCAGCACCAGGGGCCUGAACCUGCCCCGGAAGCUGUCCGCGGUGAAACGGCCAAGAAGUGAGGAGCUGUCAGAAGAUGACCUGUUGAGUCAGUAUUCUCUUUCGUUUGCAAAGAAGACCAAGGAAGAUGGCUGCGAAGGCAUUACGUCAUCGAACUUUUCCAAAAUGCCGCUCCCUAACCCGGUGGGUGGGACUACUAUCACCAAAACCCUAAGCACGCCGCCUACGACAAGGAAUAAAUUUGCUGCACUUUUGCAGAAGAAAAACCAAGAAAGUGGUGCCGUCGUGGUCCCUGGGACCAGAAGCAGGUUUUUUUGCAAUUCUCUGGAUUCUAUGGACUGUGUAUCAAAGAAAGCAAGCCCCCAACUUCCAGAUGAAACUGCUGACACAGAUAAAGAGAACAAUCUCAAUGAAUCGGAUUGUCUAAAUGAUAAAGUGGUUGAUCUCAAUGAAUCAGAUUGUGUAGGUGAUAAAGUGGUUGAUCUCAAUGAAUCAGAUUGUCAUGAGAGCAAGGAGCUGGUUGAUCUCAAUGAGUCAGACUGUCUAGAUGAUAAAGUGGUUGAUCUGAAUCAAUCAGAUUGUCUAGAGACCAAGAAGCUGGUUGAUCUAAAUGAGUCAGAUUGUCUAGAGAGCGAAAAGCUGGUUGAACUAAAUGAAUCAGAUUGUGUCGAGAGCAAUGUAGCACCCAACCCACGUGAUCAGACUCCAGAGGGCGGAGCUGUGGUCGCUGGUGAAGAGCCUCGGUCCUUUAAGACCACCGGAUUCACAAGGACCAUCUCCCCACCCCCUCUGGGGACGCUGAGAAGCUGUUUCAGCUGGUCUGGAAGUCUUGGAGAUUUUUCAAGGACUCCGAGCCCCUCUCCGAGGACAGUGUUGCAGCAGUUUCGGAGAAACGGGGACUCCCCCAGCUCCCUGCCCGAGAGGAGGGUCAAGAGUGAGGAGUCAGGAGAUGAUGAAGCGCAUCCCGUACAUGAACUGAGCUGGUCUUCCCGGUCUCAGGGGAGUGCGGAGUUAUCCCCUCACAGCUUCAGUGGGUCCACACUCCCUGGGCUUUCCACCAAGGAUUCCAGCCCAGAGGAAUCUGAUUGCAAUUUUAAGUCACUUGGUAAUCAAGGUAAUCAGAAACCCACGCUACAUGUCUCUCACUUUCCAAAAAAAGACACGCCUCUGAGAAACAAGGUCCCUGGGCUGUAUAAGUCUAGUUCUCUGGACAGUCUCUCUACCACCAAGAUCAGGCCUCUGGUGCCGGCCCGGGCCAGUGGGCUGAGCAGGCGGCCAGCGAGAGGCCAGAAAAGGAAGCAUCACAGCGCCCAUCACAACGCCGAGAACAGGCCGGGGAUGCAGACCAAGAUCAAUGAGCUCUGGAAGAACUUCGGGUUUAGAAAAGAUUCUGAGAAGCUCCCUUCCUGUAAGAAGCCAGAUCCCCUGUCUCCAGUCAAGGAUAACAUCCAGCUCACUCCGGAGACGGAAGAGGACAUGUUCCACAAGCCGGAAUGCGCGCGGGUGCAGAGAGCGAUAUUCCACUGA